AUUAGAUAUGUACUGCCCGUGGGAGAAUUGAAAAAAUAGUCACUUGAAUCUUUUCUGUGUUCUGGUUCAGAUGAGGAACCCUGGUUGAAAAGGGCUUCAACUGCAAACUAGCAAUCCCUGCCCGCUGAAGCUCACAGACAACUCACUUAAGCCAGUAACUGUGGAAAAUGCUGCUACAAAGGCUUCAGGAAGUGUGUGGCAGCACAGAGAAACAGGAGUCAGGAGACAGGAUCCAUAAUGAACAAAGGGAAAAGUGAAGCUAUUUACCGGGGGGUGACCGCGGGCAAGUUCCUGAAUCGCGCUAAGGCUCUUUCACCCUCUGGGAAAUGGGUCACUAAUCCCCACCGUACGCGGCUGCGAAGGCGCCAGCGAAGGUUUGGGGCCGCGGGCGCGAGUUACCUGUCCUCCAGGACGGACUCCAUGGGCUCCACCCCGUCGGUGUGCACGGCGUGGAGCCGGUCGGCGAAGGCGAUGGCUUUCUCCAGCCGCGCCACCGCCUCGCGGCUGCCGAAGUCCACGAGCGCUAGGCGCUCCAGGUGCUCGAUCACCUCGGCGGUGACUCGGCCACUUCCCUAGGGGAUGAGGCGCGGCGUGUGGGUCACCAACGGGACCUGCUCCGCCACCCGGCCUGCUCCGCCGCCCGUCUAGACGCCCCCGGCCUUUACCUGCGGACCCGCCUUGGAGGUGAAGCCCCGACGCCCGCCCGGCGGGGCCCGAAGGCCCAGCCACACUGCCCGCGCCCACAUCCCGUCCCUUCCCGGCCCCCGUAACGCGCCCCGACGUAACGCCGAGCGACGCGCCUGAGAGUGAUGACAUCAGAGUGCGCUGCCGCGGCCGCCCAACUGUCGCCAUGAACAGCGUCGGGGAGGCUUGCACGGACAUGAAGCGCGAGUACGACCAGUGCUUCAAUCGCUGGUUUGCCGAGAAGUUUCUCAAGGGCGACGGCUCCGGGGAUCCGUGCAGCGACCUCUUCAAGCGUUACCAGCAGUGUGUUCAGAAAGCAAUAAAGGAGAAAGAGAUUCCUAUUGAAGGACUGGAGUUCAUGGGCCAUGGCAAAGAAAAGCCUGAAAACUCUUCUUGACCUUGACAGUCACCUUGAAAACGGAUUCCUCAAAUCAGGAAAUUGAGGACUCUGGAUUUUGUCAACUAAGGCUGUGAAGAUAGCCAUCACAUAUGAUGAGGAAUUUAGGAGAGAGGAGUUUUAUUUCCUCCUCCUUGAUGUUUUCCUCUUUUAAAAGGCGAUGAAUUCUUUGCUUUGAGAUGAUUUCGCACUUGCUCUGGCAUCUUGCAGGAACUCAAUGUGCUAAAAUUGAAUGAUUUCUUGGGGUUAUGGUUGCAAUAUUUAGUCUGGGAUCAGCUUUACAUAUACCUUCUAUCUAGAUAGUGAUAAACCGGUCAGGAUGAUCAAGGUUGCCUGACCUCUUGAUUUUUGCUGCAAAGGACAUUAACUACACUGUACUGGGGUCAUUGUUGAUUAAAGCAAUUGGUUAGGACCUCUUUUUGUCUCUCAGGGAACUAAUGCUGUGAAAAGGGAUCUGGGCACAACAGUUUCAAUCAAUGCUUGGGAGCACAGUUUUUAUUUUUAUAUAUAAUAGUAACUAACGGUUAAGAUGACUGGUGGCCUGGAGUAGCAAAGAGGAAGACAGCUUUUAACAAUCGGAUGGUUCCCUGCCUUAACAAGAGGCAUCAGAUUAAAAUGUGAAAGCUUCAAGAAUGUUGCAGUGAACACCAUCUCAACUUGGCUCACAAUGUAGUUCAGGAAUGAAGAUACUUGGAGCAGCUGUGGAGGAAGAACCUAAAUUGUAAAGCUUUGCUGCUGCCAGCUUUCAACCCAAGUCAAUGAAUUAAGUCUACCUGCCUAUCAUAAAAAUGCCAAAAUGCUGCAUCUGGUUAAGUGGGGGAGAAAAGGUGUUUGCUUUAUUUGCCUUGUUUACCCACCUUGCCCAGUAAUGUCUGUAAUCAUGAAGAUGGAAUAAAUUGAACAUUUAGUUUCUAUCAUUA